CCCCUUAGGGGGCCGGGAGGCGGCGGUGGCGGGGGGCGGCGGGGGGCAGGUGCUGCCCGGCGGGCACGGCUCGGCUCGGCUCGGCCCCGCUCCGCUCCGCAAUGACCGUCACACGGCUGGACCAGGGGCAGCGCUACCGGCCUCGGAUGGCCUUCCUGAAAAAGAUCGAGGCGCUGAUGAUGGAGAUGCAGAACCCAGACACGGGCAUCAAGACGCAGACGCAGAGGGUGAUGAUCACCAACAUCCCCCAUGCCGUGGCAGGUAACGACAUACUGCAGUGGAUUCUCCAGCGUCUGCAGAUCACUGAUGAAGAGGCACUACACCUGGGGGACCUGUUCGUCAAAUAUGGGUACAUCUACCCUCUUCAGGAGCCAAAGAAUCUCACCCUGAAGACAGACGGUAGUCUGUACAGGUUCCAGACGCCGUAUUUCUGGCCCACGCAGAGCUGGCCUGCUGAUGACACAGACUACGCAAUUUACCUAGCAAAGAAGAACAUUAAGAGGAAGGGGAUUUUAGAAGAAUAUGAAAAGGAACAUUACAACAUGCUCAAUAAAAAAAUAAACUACAAGUGGGAUUUUGUUAUUAUGCAAGCCAAAGAGCAGUAUAAGGCAGGGAAGGAGCGGAAGAAGGCGGACAGGUACGCCCUGGACUGCCAGGAGAGAGCCUACUGGCUUGUGAACCGGACUCCUCCCGGCAUGCUCGACGUCCUGGAGUAUGGAUUAGACCGUGCGACAGAUCCCAAUGAAAAUAAGGUAAACCAGAAAAAAACAAUGGAUGUUUAUAGGAGAGAGAUCAUGUACUAUCAGCAGGCCAUCAUGAAGUCCAGAGUGAAAUCUUCCGUCUCCCUUGGAGGGCUUGUGAAGUACUCUGAGCAGUUCCUCUCCAAUGAUCCUAUCCUGUCGGGAUGUCUCCCCAGCAACCCCUGGGUAACAGACGACCCUGAGUUCUGGGAUCUCAACGCCAAGCUGGUGGAAGUCCCCACCAGAAUGCGUGUGGAGCGCUGGGCCUUCAACUUCAGCGAGCUGAUCCGGGACCCCAAAGGUCGGCAGAACUUCCAGCUCUUCCUGAAGAAGGAGUUCAGCGGAGAGAAUCUGAGUUUCUGGGAAGCCUGUGAGGAUCUCAAGUAUGGAGACCAAUCCAAGGUCAAAGAAAAAGCAGAAGAAAUUUACAAGCUCUUCCUGGCUCCAGGAGCAAGGCGCUGGAUUAACAUUGACGGCACCACAAUGGGCAUCACUGUCAAAGGCCUCAAGCACCCUCAUCGCUAUGUGCUGGAUGCUGCUCAGACCCACAUUUACAUGCUGAUGAAAAAGGACUCCUAUGGCCGCUAUUUAAAGUCUCCAAUAUACAAGGAAAUGCUGGCCAAGGCUGUUGUGCCUCAAGAGACUGUCAAAAAAAGCUCCAAUUUCCCUUUUGGCCGCCGUCAGCUCCGCUCCAGCCCCAGCCCCGUCAUCCUGAGGCAGCAAGAGGAAGAGGCCAAAGCCAAAGAAGCUGCCACCACUGUGGACAUCACGCAGCCAUGCUGCCUCAGCUCCCCGGCCCCUCGCCCGUCCAUCUACACUGGCACCAGCAGCCUGCCCCCCACGUCCCCCGGCCCCACAGCCCUGCCCUACAGCACCGCCUGCCCCUCGCCCAUCAGUGUGGCCCUGGACAGCACAGCGGGCACCGAGAGGGAGCAGGAUCCCGGCGGGGCUAUACCCAGCCCCUUCCCCGACAAGGUGGGGGCUGCGGCGCCUGCCAAGCCCCGUAUGGCCGCCCUCUCCCUCAGACGGUUCCUGAGGAGGGGCUGCCUGAACUCGCCCGUCUUCGCCACACUCUCACCAAGGUGCCCAACCAUGCCCCACGGGAAGGUGCAGCCGCUGGGCGAGCGGGAGCGGCGGCUCCGGCAGGACGCCAAGGCGGUGAGCAGCUUCUUCCAAAUAAAAAUGGACGUUCCUUUGGAGAGACGAAUCUACCCUGUAGACUCUGCGGAGGAAGAGCUCAAGUGCCACCAGGUUUGUAAGGAAUCUGCAAAGGAGGUGAUCUGCCCCUGGGAGAGCCCCGCAGAGGAGGGCAGAGCUGGGUAACCAGCAGUGCCUGCAGCAGCCGAGAUGUGACCCCCUAACGAACAGACGCCUGCUGAGAUGCUGAGGUUUGCCACGUAUGGCUCAGUACAUGGGCCGUGCUGUUAAAGAAGUGCACUAGAGCCAUCCUUCAGUAUCAAGGCAGCUCCAGCUAUGACAUCUAUGAGUAAUGAACUCUGAUAUACCCAUCUGUUUGUAAUUCAAGAAUUUGAAGCAUUUCUGGACUGAUUUUCCUAUCUUUAGUAUGUUCAGAUCCAUUCAUUAUAGACUUCUUGAUAAAUGAACCUCAUUUCUUGCCUUAUAGCAGAUGGAGAAUUUAUGUACAUAUAUCCUGGGAAAUGGUGUCUUAUCGGAGUUACUUGCUUGGCCAUGAGGUGUCAGCACACUGUACACAACACAGCUGGAGCAGAGCUUGCAGGCAUUUUUCAGAGCAGGACUAAGACUUCAAGCACUGCCAAGAUCAGAUGUGUCUGUGUCCCAGCUUGGGUCCACCUCUUACGAUUGAUAAGAAUUCUUAAUUUUAAAUCAAAUUCAUUAAGAAACAGCUGAUAGUUGGGGAAAAAAAAAAUCAAACCUUUCCUGAGAAGCCAAGUGUUGUAUGGCAUAGCAUCAUCCCUUAAGCAAAACCAAAAAGGAUCCUGAAGAGCAAGUGGUGCAGGAGAGCAACAAAGGCUCCAGAGCACUUCUGCCUCAGCUCCAGUUUCCCUUCUGUGGCUUCUCAGUGCCAGGUUGGGUCUUGAAACCAUGAAUUGGAGUGUAUCCCUGCAACACUCAGGAAGGUCAGAAGUGAGUCUGUGGUGGCGUUUUGAGCCUCUCCAAACUUAGACUGAUGCAUUGCCUGAUGCACAUUUUUAACUGUGUUUUUAUCAUAGUCUUAGAUUUUUAAUCUAAAGUCUCAGAACAUUGCUUUCCUUAUGUCACACUGGAGUUUCAAGAUCUUUUUUUUUUGUUCAAAUGUAGAGGGGUUUCCUGGAUGUGUGUGAUGUGGGCCGUUAUUCCGCAAGUUGGCCAUGCGGCCUGUGACUUUUGAUGUUGCCAUUUUGUACUUUUAAGUGUAAAUGAAGUUUUGCCUGUGUGGCUGA